CGCAGGCGCCUUCUUGGAACUUGCUGCAGGCAGGAGUCCCAACGACCGGUGGGCGGCGGGGCUGCUUUCUCAUAGACAUAAACAUCAGUUUUUGACUGUUUAAAAACGAGAAAUCACUUAAAAUCCUCUCAAACACCAAAUUCCAAAGAAGUGAUAACAUUUCUCUCAAGGAAAGAAGUGACUGACUACUGGCAUUGAUCUAUUUUUUCUUCUCUAAAUUUGAAGAACAGCAAUGGAGAAAUGGUACCUGAUGCCUGUGGUAGUCUUAAUAGGACUAACAGUACGGUGGACAGUUUCUCUUAAUUCUUAUUCAGGUGCUGGAAAACCCCCUAUGUUUGGUGAUUAUGAAGCUCAGAGACACUGGCAAGAAAUUACUUUUAAUUUACCAGUCAAACAAUGGUAUUUUAACACCAGUGAUAACAAUUUACAGUAUUGGGGACUGGAUUACCCACCUCUUACAGCUUAUCAUAGUCUCUUAUGUGCAUACAUGGCAAAGUUUAUAAAUCCAGACUGGAUUGCUCUCCAUACAUCACGUGGAUAUGAGAGUCAGGCACAUAAGCUCUUCAUGCGUACAACAGUUUUUAUUGCUGAUUUGCUGAUUUACAUACCUGCAUUGAUUUUGUACUGCUGUUGCUUAAAAGAAACUUCAACUAAGAGAAAGAUUACUAAUGCAUUGUGCAUAUUGCUAUAUCCAGGCCUUAUUCUUAUCGACUAUGGACAUUUUCAAUAUAAUUCUGUGAGUCUUGGCUUUGCUUUGUGGGGUAUUCUCGGCGUAUCUUGUGACUGGGACCUGCUAGGGUCACUGGCAUUUUGCUUAGCUAUAAAUUAUAAACAGAUGGAACUUUACCACUCCUUGCCAUUCUUUUGCUUUUUACUUGGCAAGUGUUUUAAAAAAGGCCUGAAAGGAAAGGGGUUUGUGUUGUUAAUUAAACUAGCUUGUACUGUUGUGGCUUCCUUCAUUGUCUGCUGGCUGCCAUUCUUUGCAGAAAGAGAACAAACCCUGCAAGUUCUGAGAAGACUUUUCCCCGUUGAUCGUGGAUUAUUUGAGGAUAAAGUAGCCAAUAUUUGGUGCAGCUUCAAUGUCUUUCUGAAGAUUAAGGAUAUUUUGCCACGUCACAUCCAGGUAAUAAUCAGCUUUUGUUUUACGUUUUUGAGCCUGCUUCCUGCAUGUAUAAAAUUAACACUUCAGCCCUCUCCCAAAGGAUUCAGAUUUACUCUGGUCAGCUGUGCUCUGUCAUUCUUUUUAUUUUCUUUCCAAGUACAUGAAAAGUCCAUUCUCUUGGUAUCAUUACCAGUCUGCUUAGUUUUAAAUGAAAUUCCUUUUAUAUCGACUUGGUUUUUACUUGUGUCAACAUUUAGUAUGCUACCUCUUUUAUUGAAAGAUGAACUCCUAAUGCCCUCGGUUGUGACAACAAUGGCAUUUUUUAUAGCUUGUGCUACCUCUUUUUCAAUCUUUGAAAAGACUUCUGAAGAAGAACUGCAGUUGAAAUCCUUUUCCAUUUCUGUUAGAAAAUGUCUUCCAUAUUUUACAUUUCUUCCCAGAAUUAUACAACAUUUGUUUCUUAUAUCAGUAAUUGCUAUGGUCCUUCUGACGCUGAUGACUGUCACACUGGAUCCUCCUCAGAAAUUACCGGACUUAUUUUCUGUAGUGGUAUGUUUUGUAUCCUGCUUGCACUUCCUGUUCUUUUUGGUAUACUUUAACAUUAUAAUCAUGUGGGAUUUCAGAAAUGGAAGAAAUCAGAAGAAAAUCAACUAGCUGUAUCCCCAAAAAAUGCGAAACUGUGAACUGUGCUAAGAGGUUUUGUAAACUUUUUAUGUAUACACGAAAUUACCAUUUUGAGAAUCAUGGAAUGGUGAAAUUGUUGUCUACACAGAAUAAAUGUAUAUGAAGACCAAGGUCCAAUGGAAGCUUUUGUUUUCUAACUAUUGCUCGUCCAUGACAGAUCGUAGUUUUAUUAAUAGUCACAGCUGUUCAGGUGGCAAAAUAAUAAAGUCCUUAAUCCCAUUGUUUAGUUAGGAAGUAUACUCUAUGAAUUGUUAUGUCUUAAAAAAUCUGCAGAUACAGUGAGCUUAAUGGGAGAAUUUAGCCCUUCUUUUUAAAAGAAAUCACUAAUUUUGGUAGCCAAAUUUAGUUUUCCUUAUAUUUUAGAAUGCAAGUAAUAUGUGCUUGAGGACAGGUUCAAUUAGUUUCAUUGUUUAAGUUAUCUCAGGGAAUUAAAUUUGGAAUAAUCUUUUAAAUUACUGUGAAAAGGCAAUUUAAACUGCUUGAAGUUUGUCCGUGCCUUAUUAUAUGUACGAAUUUGAAUUUUUUUUACAAGGUAGGUAGAUUAAACUGUGUUCUUAUUUAUAUCUAAGGAUGCUGAUUUGCUUGAAUGCAAUUGAAAAAUGAAUUUUCCUGAAUUUAAAUCUAAAUUUUAAAUAUAAACAGUUUGAAUUUAGUAUUUUUAAUUACUCAUGAUCACCAGUUCUAAACUUUAAGGAUCAUUGUUUUAAUUAAAUUGCCUUGUACAGGAUCCCAAUCCCAUCCUGUUCUUUUUUGCUAUGACAUAGGUCAUCAGGAUCACCACUGCCGUAACCAUUGAUUCAUAUCAUGCUUCACGUCAGCCUGACCCUGCUAAUACCGUGUCACUCUAUAUUAGCAGAAGUCCAUUUUUGCUAUCUGUUCUGUUGGUACGGAUAAUGUAUUAUAUCCAUGUAGUAGCUUCUCAUAUAAAGAUGUGUUUUCCUUUGUCUCGUGAUAAAAAUAAAACCUAUAUUUUCAAUGAAUACGUACACUUCUUUCAACAUACAGCCAUUAAAACAUACUAAGUGGCAGUAUACUUUAAAACAAUGCAAGUCAAACAAAAACACACACAUAAUUUGGUUCUAGACAUGGACAGCCACAGGCUAGUGCAAGAAGGGAUGUGUUUUUAAGUAGAUAAGCCUGAUAAAAGAAGUAGCUUUAGACAAAGCAAAAAUCAAGAAGUAUUUCUUUCUUAAAGCAGAUGUGCAUAAAGACUUAAAGGGCAGGUCAGUACAGAAAAGCAGCCUUGACUCGCUGCCGAAUCAGCAGGAACACUGCUGUCCAUGGUCACCAUCUGUAAUCACUGAGCCAAAUGUCAGCAUUUUGGCUGGCUGGUGUAGCCUUAGAUUUUGUAAUAACAUACUUGCAUUUAACACAGGAUGUUGAUUUAAAUCAGG